AUGUGGUUUAUCCUAUUGCACCUCUUAAGGUGUACCCAGGCUGCUCCAGCUCUUUCACCAUUCCUUGUAGGAAAAGAUGAAUACCUCACGAGGGAGUAUAUAAACGCCAUCACAGCCUAUGGUCCUGGACUGGGUGUCUUCACGCCAUAUUCCUAUGUGGAUUUAUCUUAUGAUAACAUUCCGUUCGUUGGUAAAAUUCCCGUUCUUGGAAAAGAAGGUACUUCAUCAAAAUUGGGAAUCUCUCCUUUCUACCCGCCACAAGGGAACCCCAGCAAUCCUUUCCCACCACUGUACAGAGCUCGUCCACUCCCAUUGCAUGUACCAGAACCUCAAGAUGUGGUAGCCGUGCCACUUGAUGAAGAAGCUUUACAUGGAGAACCUCUAUUCCCUGCAGAGCUCCUCCUGCCAUCUGAACGAAAAGAAGAAGUUGGCGAGAAAGAGACAAUCGAAAAACCGACUGAUCCAUUUGGAACCACAUCAGAACUUUUUGAGGUAAUCGUUGCUAUUUAUGAGGGAGAGUUUCUAUAUCACUAA